CGCGGGGUCGCAGUUUUGUGGCGGUUUGAGCGGCGAACAGGAUGUUUUUGAGCCUCUUAGAACGAAACAAACACAGAAAUGAUGUAUUUGUGCCAGACAUUUUGUUUGGAACACGUUUUUUCCCCUCUCCGGUAUUGUUGGGUGCAGUGAAGCUGCGCAGUUUUCUCGUGGAGGCUGAAGAUCUCGCAGUUCUCAUCUCAGUCAGUUCGGGAGCGGAGACCCCCUCUUCUAAUGUAUGAACUGAAGCCGGAGUCCCCGGGGAGGCCGCAGUCCACCGGAGUUGGCGGGAGGACACCCUGUCCCGGGCCUGCUGAAGCCAUGGGGCACCAGGCGGUGGGGCCGCUCCUCCAUUGGCUGCAGGAUGUGGCGGCUGUGACUCUCCUGAAAGCUCGGCGGACCAUCUUCCAGGCCGCCAUCCUGUUCUGCAUCCUCUGCCUGCUCCUGUGGGUCUCCGUCUUCCUCUACGGGAGCUUCUAUUACUCCUACAUGCCCUCGGUGAGCUUCUCCACACCUGUGCACUUCUACUACUCCACGGACUGCAGUGGUCCAGGGCUUUGCUCCUUCCCAACAGCCAACAUCUCUUUUAUGAGGAACGACAGAGAGCAGGUCAUGGCCCACGGUCAACCGUAUCGAAUCUCCUUGGAGCUGGAGAUGCCAGAGUCUCCUGUGAACGAACGGCUGGGCAUGUUCAUGGUCAAGAUGUUUUGCUACACCAGGGGUGGGGGCAUUGUGUCCUCGGUGGGACGAUCAGCGAUGCUGCAUUACCGCUCGGCCCUCCUGCAGGCCCUCAGCACUUUCUUCUUCUCUCCUCUCCUCCUGACGGGCAUGGCUGAGCAGAAGCAGCUCGUGGAGGUGGAGCUCUUCUCCGAGUACAAGUCAAACGCCUACCAGCCCGCCAUCGGCGCCGUCAUCGAGGUCCAUUCCAAGCAGGUGCAGAUCUACUCGUCUCGCCUGCGCAUCCACGCCUACUUCACGGGCAUACGGUACGUUAUGUACAACUUCCCGGUGACGUCUGCCGUGAUCGGCGUGGCCACCAACUUUACCUUCCUGAGCGCCAUCGCUCUGCUGGGCUACCUGCAGUUCAUAUGGGGGGGGCUCUGGCCUCCCGACCAGGUGAAAGUCAAGGUCAUGAUGGGGGACAACACUCGCAUCCAGAGGAGGAAGGAGGAGGUUCGGAAGCGCAUGGAGAAGGAAAACUCCCUGAAGGAUCUCAGCGUUCCUGCAGCCAUCGAAACCUUGACGGUCGUCCGGGGAAACGGCACCGACGUUCCCGAGGCGCAAGGUCCAAAAAGUGAGGAAGAGGAGCCGCGGGACGAGGAGGAUCCGGCGGAAACGGACAGUCCGAGUGGACGCCCCGCAGCUCAGCCCGGAGACAUGGAGCUGAGGCACAGAGCUGGACCCUGGAUGAGCCUCUGAACCACGUCUGCCGGUUCCAGCAGCUGAAACGUCUCCAGCGCAGGUCCUCCAAAUGACUCCUGAAAUGAACCUUUUCUGUUACGUUUGCACAGAUUCUCCUCACGUUUGUCUGCAGAUGGUCCUGCUCUGCCGUGUCUUUGACUCUGGCUGGCAUCAGAUCAUCUGCAGAAACGUUCAGCGUUUGUCUGAAAGGCGACACGCUUCUGCUGAAGUCUGGUCAUACUUUUAGGGUCAGUUCUUGCCCCGACCUCUCCUCAGAGGAGCUUCGUUUGGGAUUUUCUCUGAAGAAAAAGAUCUCCUCAUUUCCACAGACUCUCCACUAAAACAGUCUUUGACGUAAAACUGUCACUUUUUGUUCAGUCUCAGUGAAACUCCAUCCCUCUAAACAGGUGUUUGUUGCUUUGCCAGGUUUAGAUGAAACACACCCUGCUCUUGUUUUUUCUAAUAUAAAUGAUAUUGUUUCCAUGACAACCAAGCAGGCAGCGCUUUAGGUGAGGAAUUGAAGUCAACUGUGCUCAGUAAAAACUGUAUCGUUUCUCAUAUUUGUGAGUGUUGUGUGUUUGAAAAGCAAAAGUUUGUAAAAGGAUAGAAGUGAAUGAAGUGCAGCUGCUGCUGGUUGGUGGUUGAACUCCCAGAUGUUUCCUCUGGACUCCAUGAGAGCUCAGAAGAUCCGGAUCGACCUGAUGAGACUCUGGAGAGACUUUAUUUAUGCACUGAAAAAUAAAAUGAGCAUCAAGCAUUA